AUGAGCUUUCUCACUCAAGACGAUAGGGGCGAGGAUGGCGAGGGUGAUUUGUUGGAUACGCCUGGGGGGGUGAAGAAACAAUGGGGCGAUAGAUCCGACUCGCCCAGCGGCACACGUGCCAAACGCGCGAGGCCAGGUGCAGCUGGUGGCAAGGGUGUUACACUGACUCUACGGGAUCAAGAGAAGCACAUCGAUAACCUCAAGAAGGAGAACUUCAACAUCAAACUACGCGUUCAUUUCCUGGAAGAGAGGUUAGCCCAGCUAGCCCCGGACCAGAUCGAUGCUGCCCUCAAGCAGAACAUCAACCUCAAAAUCGAGGUGCAGCAGCGGGGGAUGGAGAUGAAGAAGCUGAAGAAGCUUGUUCUCUCACUCGAGCACGAACUCGAACGUCUACAACGCGGUGCUGGUGGCUCACGUGGACGCGAACGAGAGCUGGAGGAAAAACUUGAUGAGAGGGAAUGGGAACUCCAAGAACUUCGACGACGGCGCUCAGACCACGGGGAUGAUGACGAAGCGUUGAGGGAGGCAGAAGCACGGAAUGCUGAGCUUGAGGAGGACUUGGAGAACGCACGGGGUCUGCUGGAGGAUAACAUGGAUGAGAUCGAGCGGUUGAAGGAGAUUGUGGAGCGACGGGGAGAUGAGUCGAUGAAUGAUGGUGUCAAUGGGGAGUCACGGCGUGAUCGACUCAAGAGACGCGUAGAGGAGCUCGAGGCGGAGAAUGAAGACCUGAGGCUAAAACUUGACGACCACGCCGAGCUUUUCCAGAGUCGGGCGCAGGUCUUAGAGGAAAGGGAAGAGAGGGAGGCGGUGGAAGACGACCUCAACGCCAUGCGGGACAAACUAGCGGCAGCGAUGAUUGAACUGCAGCAGAAGGAGGAGGAGAUCGACCAGAAGAACAAGGAGAUCGAUGAUCUUGUUUCGGAGCAUCAAAGGAUCGUGGAGGUGGUUGAAGAUGAGUGGAGAGGGGAGGUGGAAGAAGCUAGAGGACAAGUGGAGGAGCUACGUGAUGUUUCUAAUGUGCUUCUUGUCCAGGUCUUAGCCGAGAGGGAAUCGGAGUCUAAGGACUUGCGAGUCAACAUCUCCGAGCUGGAGGCCAACACUAACGAUCUUCAUGCCAAGUUCGAAACGGCCUUUGCUCAGCUUGAGCAGGAAAGCGAUCAGAAGGAUGAAGAGAUCGAGUCCAUGCAAGAGACGAUUGAUAAACUCGGAGAGCAAAUCUACCACCUCGAGGACGAAAACGACAGGCUAAAGGAGGAAAGUGAUCGACUGAGGGAAGAGGAAACAGCUGAACGAGAUCGACUAGAAGCCCUAGCGGCGGCUCUUAAGGAGGAGGAACUCGCCCAGCACGUUGAGGACCUCGUCGAAGAAGUCCAACGAGAACGUCAAGCUCGUGAACGGGCAGAGUCAGACCUUGACACUGCAGACAAAGAGCACGAUGCUGAACUCAGGCAACAAAAGCGUGCCCUUGAAGCCAAGGAAUCCGCACUCCAAAGUGCACUCAGCGACCUCGCCCGCACACAGAGCCUCCUCAGUCAACGAGAGACUGACCUCCAAGCCGUGCAAAAUGCGUUGCAGACCAUUGAGACGGAGUCCAAGAGACUGGGCGAAACCCAUACCACUGCCCGGUUCUCCCUCCAACUUGAGGUGGAUAGGUUGAAGAGAGAUCUGGAACGUGUCGAGGAUGAGCUGGCGCGUGCUAGGAAGGAGCUGGACGACCGGGAGAGUAAAAGCCGUGACCGGGAAUCCGCUGCUGACCGACUACAUGUCGAGAACAGGGACCUGGCGAGUCAGCUGGCAGCGCAGACCCAGGCGCGGCUGAACAUCUCGGAGAAGCUGGAUGACGUCCAGGGGAGCUUGAGGACUGCUGAGGGGGAUGUGGCUGCGUACAAGUCCAAGGUGGCGGACCUUGAGCAGAGGCUUUCGAAAGAUCAGAGAUCUUUGUUGACGGCGGAGAGUCAGUAUAGGGAUCAGCUCACUGAGCGGAAUACCCUGCUGUUGACGAUCUAUCAGUACAUGGACAAGAUCCUUGGAGUGGAUAAGACACCCCCAUUCACCAACUUCAGUGUCUUCCAUGACAAUCUCAUUACUCGGCUCAAGGCCCUCAGUCAGAUUCAACUUGACUUUGACAAACGGACCAAGGAGGUCGAAGGCCGGUUUACGGAGAGGUUGAAUGACAUGCGUAAACAGCUUGACAAUCGAUGGAAGCAGAUCGACAAGUUUGAGACGAGUGUCAAGACCCUUGCUGAGGCCAAGGUUGCGUGGAGACGUAAGUUCAGCGCAAAAGAGGGAGAGCUCGAGGCUAUCAAGCUCACCAAUGCCGAGAUGGCAUCCCAACUUGCUGGCAUUAAGAAGCCCGGUGGGUCUGAUGCCAUGGAAGUUCGAUCCCUUACGACACGCGCGGCCAAUGCUGAACGAAGGUUGAACAACGCUCAAAACCAGCUACUUGCGACUGAGGAGAAGAUUGCGAGCAUGAACCAGAAGAACCUUGCUGCUGACGGGAGAUGGGAAGCUCGGGUCAAGGAGUACGAAGCGAGGUUGAAGGCGGCGGAGGAGAGGGUUAAGCGGGAGCGGCAGGGUAGUAAGGAGAGAGUCUUGGAGCUGGAAAAUACUCUCAAGAGUCUUCAAAGGCAGCUUGAGCUCGCUCAGAAACGCAAUAACCAACUGAACGACGUAAUUGAUACCGACAAAGUCCCGGGUGCCAGCACACCCGCGCGAUGAUUAUGAAUGUAAUGUUUUCUUUGCUCCGCUUGUCGUGGUUUUCUUCUAUUCUUCGGUUUUUUCGACUUGUACAACUUUCACGCUAAUUAGAGCUGUAUCAAUAAUUCGCAUUUUCUGAUUCG